AUGCGACCCCCGCAACUUGAUUGCGUCUUACGUAUAGAUAGGUCAGAUUUCACUCGUCUUCACAGAUGGAACUGGAUCACAUUCCAAAGCGCUAUCAUCUAUUCUGGAACGCAUUUGGUUGCCAAAUCAAACAAGUUCAACAACAACCAACCUGGAUUGGGAGAGAAUUCUCCAAUUCCUGCAAUACCGUCCAAGUCAUUAGUGGAAUCGCUUCUAGUCGAGUGCUGUGCAAUUUCCGUCACUGAUAAUGAUAACUCAAUGGCGGCAUUCACCAAGCUAUUCUACUAAAAGAAGAAAUGGAAGAAUUUAAUAAAUUCGCAUGUUAAAGAGAACAAGAAAGAAUAAUAGAACUAUACCUAUAAGUGACAUUGAAACUAAGGUUGCACAAAUUAUUUAAUAAAUUAUUAUCGUAUUAAGCAUUCACCGAGAUUAAAGAUAAGCAAUAUUGAAAAUCAAAGAGUAUUUGAAAUCUCAGAGUUGACUAUCGCAGUGGCAGAGUUAUGUCAGUUAUAACUUCCGAGACCGAGGACGGAAUAGAAACUAUCAUCAAGCGUUGCGCAAACAUUUCGUUUUUGUAUUUUCUAACAUUCUCCUAUAUUAACAUUUUUACAAUUAAUAAAUCUGACACAUUUCUCUUAUAAAAUUUGUAUAAAAAGUGUAAGACCACUUUUGUGGUCUAAGAGUAAAUUAUAUGCAAUCCAAUAGAAACUUAAUUCAAU